AUGAUUGAUGCCCCUUUAACUGCCAACGACUUCUACGACGCCAUCAAGCACACUUCUCGUGGGAAAUCGCCGGGUCCCGAUGGAUUGCCGGCUGAGUAUUACCAACUCUUCCCCAGCCAGUGGGCUUUGGUAAUGGAACUUGUUUAUGCUGCCCAAUUCCGGAAGGGACGUAUGUCAAAGUUCCAACGCCGUGCCUACCUCUCGCUUUUGUUAAGAUAA